GUUUUUCAUCCCCCGACGCCCGUUAACGGCCGCUGCGCGCGCCGCCGCGGGGCACGCACGAAAUGGCGGCGGCCGCCGGCGCGCGCGGCCGCGGGGGGGCGGGGGCGGGGGCGGCCCGUCCCGCGGCCCGCGGCAAGGUGUGUCCGCAGGUGCCCGCCGCUAUAUGAGGCGCCGCCCGCAGCCGGGCUCCGCGGCUCCAGCGGCCGCCGCCAUGGCCGAGCCGCGCUCCAAGCGGCCCCGCGGGACGCUGCCCGCCUGCCCGGCGCACCGCCCGCUGCCCGGCAGCCGCGUGAGGCAGGGCUUCCCGCCCGCCGUGGAGGAAGGCCUCUGCGGCGUCACCGGCGCCCUGCUCGAGCUCUCCUACUGCCUCCAGGCGCUGGGUGAAUUUUUUGAUCAGUCGCAUGUGGCCCUACCAAAUAUUUCCAAGUUCUUUCUGCAUCAAGCUGUGGAGGAGAGAAAAGCUGCAGAAGCUUUGAUGAAGUAUCUGCAAGAAAGAGGCGGCCACUACUGUUCUAAAACCAUCCAGAAACCAAGCUGCGAGUAUGCAGUCAGUCUGGUGAAAGCCCUGGAAGUAGCAAUGCUCCAGUGGAAAACUAUGACACGGUAUUUUGAAGAGCUUUAUGCCCUGAGCCUUGAAAAUGCAGACCCUCACAGUGCAAGCACCAUUAAGAAACAAUUCAUUGAGCCCAAAAUCCGGAAGAUCAAGCUGAUGGGAGAUCUUCUGACCAAUGCGCGCAGGCUUGACUGUUCCCAGGAUGGCAGAAACAGUCUUGGGGAUUACUUCAUGGACCGGUUCCACAAAGAGCUAAGAACAGGCAUAGAGCCAGAGCCUAGUCAGCACGGUAGCCCCUGCCCACCUCUCCAGCAAUGCCCAGGAGCUGCAGAGGGUCUGAAGCGCCCCCAGAGAGAAUCCUCCCAGCACAGGAACGGCAUAGGGCCAAUAUAUGCAACCAUAUAUUGCACUGCUGCAGUGCCACAGUGCAACGAUGGGACAGGAGCAAAAGCGAAGCAGGGCAGGGAGGGACUGUAACCCUAUGGCUGUUACAGCUAUGGAGCAGCUCCUAAGGCAGAUCUUUAUGGAGGGUGGCCUUGAGACCAGCACUCAGGAGACAUGAUGGGUUACUCCUGUAUCGCUCUCCCUUCUUUACACCCUGUCCCUCAUCCUCUGAUGAGCCACAGCUCAAAGUCUAGCCCAUACAAUUGUUUAAAUCAUAGUGAAAUUACUAGUUACCCAGAUUGUUUGCAUCAGUCACAUUUUUCAUUUUUAUCUAUGCAAUUCUUACCAUAAAGGAAGCCUCAGUGUAGAAACCAAAAGCCCUUAAGCCUCUCUUCUGGCUUAAAUGACUGUUAGUUAAUGCCAGUUAUUUUUAACAGUGUAUAAAACUUUUUAUACAAAAAUACUUUAGUACAAGGUAACUUCUACAUGGGAGAAAAUCCAAAGAUUAAGUUUUAUAGUAAAUAUUUUAUAUUAGUAUGGUAACAUUAUGAAUUUUUAAAAGACUUCUUUUAAAACAAGAUGGAUUUCUUGUCUUCUUUUUAUCAUAGUAGCAACUUAAAUAAGUUAAUUCAUUUACCUAUAAACCAGCUAUUUUCUUGUAUACUCCUUUGCUAUGAAGGAUACUAACUUUUUCUCAACGUGGCAACAAGACAAAGUGCUGUUUUUCACUGCAGUUACUUGCCUUGUUGCCUUUUCUAAUCAUCAAAAAGAGGAUGAGAUAUAAAUUAGAGGUUCUCGUUAGAUGUGGUCUUCACAGGUUCUAUUUUACAUGUGUUCCCAGAGGCCCUAGCUCUAGGGCUUUGUCCAGAUGUAGCCUAGGACAGUUAUCUUAAUUACCACACAAAUCUGUGUUUCAGCUAGAUACAGUAUGGUAUUACUGUGGUACUACUGCCAGGUUUCUGUAUCCCCUGUCUUGGCCCCAGGUAGAUGAAUAACAUCCUAGUGGAAGUGUGGCACACUCGGCUAAAAUUGCAUUACAAGAAGUGGCCUCCUGUUAAUUUGCAUUUCAAUUAGGGGGGCAUUCACACUACUAAAGUUACAGCCUUUGCUUUAACCAGCUGGAUUAAAGUUGAGAGGAGUCUAAAUUCCUUCCAGUCAGCCCAUACAGGAGUGCCUCUCUCUCCCCCCUCUCUUUCUCUACUUUGAAUAACAAGGUCACCUAGGAAGAGCAACUGGCUAAAUCAGCUGCCUGGAACUAGGUUCUUAAGUCAGUAUAUACCACAGCUUUUAGGCAAUUGGGGUUUGCUCCAUUGAAAGAUUAACUCAAACUUUUAUGUAAUACUGUAAUCAAUAUUGUUAAAUUUGAAAAUAAAUUCAGUUCAACAUGAAUAUAAUGUA